UGAGUGCAUCCCAAUAGAUUUCCAGAUAUCUCAAAAUGUUUAAAGAAAUUCUGUUGCUGGCGGUUGCGGCCUUCGGCCUCACCCAGGCCAUCACCAGCGAUUUACGAACUGGUGACAUGGAUUUGAUCCACAAGCAGAAGAAGAUUUACGAACUCUUCAUGUACGUUGAACAAUCGAAACUCAUCGGUAGCGAGUGCUACGAGAUCGGACGCACCUUCGACCUCGAGAGCAACAUGGAAAUGUUCCACGACAAGAUGAUUGUCAAGGAGUUUAUGUACCGAUUCCGCCUGGGAAUGCUGCGCCGUGACGCUCUGUUCUCGGUGUUCUACGAGGAACACCGAGAAGAACUCGUUGUGCUGUUCAAAAUGCUGUACACUGCCAAAGACUUCAUGACUUUCUACAAGACGGCAUGUUGGUGUAGACUCUACAUGAACAAAGGAAUGUUCAUCACAGCUCUUCAUACUGCUGUGUUGUUCAGACCCGACUGCAAGGGCAUCAUGCUCCCACCGAUGUACGAAGUCUACCCCGACCUGUUCUUUGACAACACCGUCCUCAAUGAGGCUCGUCGCAUCAAGAUGAUGACCGGAACCAAGCCAACGAUGGGUAUGGAGAGCAUGGAUUACCACGUAAUCGACCACACGAACAUGACUCAAAUGAUGACGAUGUGCAACAUGAACGAGGACUGCGAGCUUGCCUACUUCACCCACGACGUACGUCUGAACAAUUACUACUACAACAUCCGUACCCUAUUCCCCUUCUGGCUACCCAUGAAGGACAUGAUCAUGCCAGAGCACAUGAUGCGCGGUCAAUUCUACUACUACAUCCACCAGCAAUUACUAGCUCGUUACAAUAUGGAACGCAUGUCAGUUGGCCUCAAAGAGAUGGAAGACUUGAACAUCAACAAGAUGAUAGUCCCCGGCUUCUACUCGAAUCUCGUUUACUCAAAUGGUGUUGCCGUUCCAAACCGCCACUUCUGGACGAAUGUACCAAUGUACAAGUACAAGUACGUCAAGGAGAUCAUGAACAUCGAGCAACGUAUCUUCGAUGCCAUCGACUCUGGAAUGAUCAUGGACAAAAAUGGAAAAUACAUCAACAUCUACACACACGGUGGUCUUGAAAUGCUUGGGGAUCUCAUCGAAGGGAACACCAACUCCUGCAACACUCGUUACUACGGUGCCAUCGAGAUCCUCUACAGGAAUCUCCUGGGUGCCAACUACGACUGCAAACACAAGAACUGCAUGAUACCGAGUGUCCUCCAAACCUACACCGCAGCCCUUCGCGAUCCAAUGUUCUACCGCAUGUGCAAGAUCAUCACCGGCUUCUUCUUGAGGUACAAGUGCAAUCUCCCCGCUUAUACUCGCAGUGAACUCGAUUUUGCUGGUGUCAUUGUUGAGGACGUCAAGGUCGAGAAGAUGAUGACUUACAUGGACAAAUGCGAGUACUCAAUCAACAACGCUUUGACUGUUGACUCUAUGAAGGAAGGAAUGAAGUGGAAUCUCAAGGCGAAGAAAAUGUGCCUCAUGAGCAAACCGUUCACCUACAAAAUGCUCGUUAAGAGCGAUAAGAACACCAAGAGCAUGGUGAGGAUCUUCCUGGGACCUGCCAUGAACAUGUGCAAGAACAACGACUACAUGUGCCUCUACAAGUACUGGUACGACUUCGUCAUGCUGGACAAAUUCACAGUUGAAUUAACACCUGGAAUGAACACAAUUACCCGCCUCAGUACGGACUGCAUGCACUGCAGCAAGAACCUGCACACAGGUGCCAGCAUGAUGACAAAAUUGAACAAAGCCCUGGAGGGAACUGAGCCAUUCACAAUGAAGGACAAAUACACUGGAUUCCCAACGAAUUUGUAUCUGCCACGAGGUCGUGUUGGUGGUAUGGCCUUCAAGCUCUUCGUGGUGUUGACUCCAAUCGACGAGUCCCACUUCCACGUCAUCGACAUGCCCAUGUUCGGUAAGUUGGUGAUGGAUGGCAAGCCUCUUGGCUUCCCACUGGACAGACCCAUGAUGCCGUGGUUCAUGGACUUGAAGAACAUGUACAUGAAGGACGUUAACAUCUACCACGUCAACGACAACGCAGAGAUGAUGAUGAUGAUGCGGGGCAUGGACCAAAAAAUGAUGACCCAUGAUGUCAAAGGAUUUAUGGAACCCAUGGGCAUCAAACGUGGGGUCGUGGAGGACAAGUGGAUGCUGCAUGACUACAUGACGAAGAAUAAAUACAUCGCGUAGAGGAUGUCUCCAGCAUUCAACUCGAAAUUGACUUCUCGAUUCAAUUUGUAACAAUGGAUUCACCAAAUUAUUAUUUUAGAACUGAUUUUCAUUCUUUGUUUUUCAAUAUACGAUUGUAGCUAUCAGAAUUCAA